UAUCUCCGCUAUAACUGUCAGUUUAUUUGUAAACAAAUACGAGUUUUGAUCUCAGCGUAGAGUGAAACUAUUUACGUACUAAGUUACAAAGAGUUUAAAUGAAUUUAGCCAAGUUUUAUAAAGUAUUCAAUAUUUUGCAACUGUGAAAGUUAAUCAAUCAUAAAACAUGCCAGCUAUAGGAAUCGAUCUUGGAACAACGUACUCGUGCGUUGGCGUUUGGCAGCACGGGAAUGUGGAAAUAAUCGCCAAUGACCAAGGUAAUAGAACUACACCAUCGUAUGUUGCAUUCACCGACACUGAGCGUUUGAUUGGAGAUGCGGCAAAAAACCAAGUUGCGCUUAAUCCUAACAAUACAGUUUUCGACGCGAAACGCCUUAUCGGAAGAAAAUUUGACGAUGCCAAGAUUCAGCAGGACAUGAAACACUGGCCCUUCAGAGUGAUCAAUGACUGUGGUAAGCCAAAGAUCCAAGUAGAAUUCAAAGGAACGACGAAGAGGUUCGCACCAGAGGAAAUCAGCAGUAUGGUCUUAACUAAGAUGAAGGAAACCGCAGAAGCGUACCUCGGUUCGACAGUGCGCGACGCGGUGAUUACGGUACCGGCGUAUUUCAACGACUCUCAACGCCAGGCUACAAAAGAUGCGGGUGCCAUCGCGGGGUUGAACGUGUUACGCAUCAUCAAUGAGCCCACCGCGGCUGCGCUCGCUUACGGGCUCGACAAGAACUUGAAGGGCGAACGCAACGUUCUCAUAUUCGACUUGGGCGGUGGCACGUUCGAUGUAUCCAUUCUCACAAUCGACGAGGGUUCUCUGUUCGAGGUAAAGGCGACAGCAGGUGACACGCACCUCGGCGGUGAAGACUUCGAUAACAGGCUAGUGAACCAUCUUGCGGAGGAGUUCAAGCGCAAGUACAAGAAGGAUUUACGUAGUAACCCGCGCGCACUACGCCGCCUACGUACCGCUGCCGAGCGCGCCAAGCGCACCUUAUCAUCCAGUACCGAAGCUACAAUCGAGAUCGACGCCUUGUACGAGGGAAUCGAUUACUACACGCGAGUGUCGCGCGCUCGUUUCGAGGAGUUAUGCUCGGAUCUAUUCCGCGGUACCCUUGACCCGGUAGAAAAGGCGCUUCGGGACGCUAAAUUGGAUAAAAGCCAUAUUCACGACGUUGUGCUCGUCGGCGGUUCAACACGUAUACCAAAGAUUCAAAGCCUGCUGCAAGACCUAUUCUGCGGCAAAAAAUUGAAUUUAUCCAUCAAUCCAGACGAGGCGGUGGCAUAUGGCGCGGCGGUGCAGGCCGCUAUUUUGAGUGGCUCCACCGACACGCGCAUACAGGAUGUGCUGCUAGUGGACGUGGCCCCUCUCUCGCUCGGCAUCGAGACGGCUGGUGGCGUGAUGACUAAAAUUAUAGAACGAAACUCAAAAAUUCCUUGCAAACAGUCGCAAACAUUCACCACAUACUCGGAUAAUCAGCCAGCAGUCACUAUCCAGGUGUACGAGGGUGAGCGCGCAAUGACGAAGGACAACAACCUUUUGGGUACAUUCGACCUUACUGGCAUCCCGCCGGCACCACGCGGCGUGCCUAAAAUAGACGUGACCUUCGACAUGGACGCGAAUGGUAUACUAAACGUGUCCGCCAAGGAAAACAGUACCGGCCGCAGCAAAAACAUUGUGAUUAAGAAUGAUAAAGGCCGUUUGUCGCAAGCCGAAAUUGAUCGGAUGCUGGCGGACGCAGAACGAUACAAGGAGGAGGACGAUAGGCAGCGACAGCGUGUGGCGGCGCGCAACCAGUUGGAGUCGUAUUUGUUCAGCGUUAAACAGGCGGUGGACGAGGCUGGCGACAAGUUGAGCGAACAGGAGAAGGAUAGCGUGCGUCGCGAAUGUGAAGAAACACUGCGCUGGCUCGACAACAACUCGCUGGCGGACAAGGAUGAGUACGAACACAGACUGAAGGAAGUGCAACGUGUCUGUUCUCCAAUCAUGACUAAGAUGCACGGUGGUGGUGCUGGAGGAAUGCCUAGCGGUAUGCCAGGAGGAAUGCCUAGUGGUAUGCCAGGAGGAAUGACUGGUGGCAUGCCAGGAGGAAUGCCUAGUGGUAUGCCAGGAGGAAUGCCUAGCGGUAUGCCAGGAGGAAUGCCUGGAGGCAUGCCAGGAGGAAUGCCUCGCUAUGGCUAUCAGCAACCUAGAGAGCAGUACAGUGGUCCCACUAUUGAGGAAGUUGACUAAAUUUUAUUACCUAAUCUUAAUUUAUUCUAAAUAAUAUUCAAUUGAGAUCUCAUCUUGUGAAGACUGAUAUUAAAUAUUUUAGUAUUUAAGUGACUUCCUCUCUAGCUUCUCUAGUUCUCUAUUAUAAUUUAACAUUAUUGUAUGUAAUUAAGAAAUAAGUUGUACCUAAAUUGUUGGGUUAUAAAAUAAAGUGCAUUAUAUUUAAAA